AUGAAUACUACGAGUAGUCUUCAUCAACCGGUGCCGUUAUCACCCGAUGAAUCAUCCAUAUCAUCUUCACCAUUAGUUCUACCAAUUAUGUCACCAUCUUCACACCAUUUUCCUGUUUCUUCAUUAAGUUCAUGUUCGUCUUUUGCCGGGCAUCAAAAUAAACUACGUCUCGGAGGUGUCGAUAAUGACUCCAAUAAGUUAUCGGCGACAAUUAAACGUUCACAAGCGAUCUCCAACAUUCAAGAUCUCGAUGAAAACAGUCCAGUGACGUUCGAAAUCGAUACGAAUGAACAUUUGCAUAAUCGUAAAAAAGUACAACUACAAACGAAUCCAACUUUCAUCAAUAAUCGAUUUACUACUGAAUCAGUACCGUCAAUCGAUAAACAGCAAACGAUUAGCAGUGGUGGUGGAGAUGAAUCCGAUACGCGUUCCGAAUCCAAUGAAACACCUGAAUAUGUUAAAGAAGACAAACCUAUCCUACCUGGUAUACACGUGAAAGGUGCCACACUCAAUCGUUUGAUUCGUAUACUAGUGGAUUCGUUUCAAACGAACGGACCAAUGUCUAACGAAAAUGAAUUUCCUAAAGUGUUUUUUCUCAUGCACAAAUGGAUUAUGGAAUCCGAAUAUUUGAGUCAUAUGUUGUAUGACCUAUAUAAACACACAGGUGAUGAUUAUAAAAAAGCAAUAAAUGUCGCGGAAAAACGAAGCUAUAAAGAAUAUCAAUUACAUAUUUGCUAUGCAUACAAUUUUUGGAUGAAAAACUUCCCCAUGCAUUUUGAUUUGGAUAAACGAUUGAAAGAAACUUGUGAACAAAUGAAGAAUCUAAUUGAAGUAUCAGGUGAUAUAGAAUGUAUGAAUUUAGUCGAUCCUUCCCAAGUACCGUCAUUUGACUGGAUGCGUCAAAUGACUGUGCGAAAUCAAACGAAAAACAAAACUGCUUCGCUCGCCUUUAAUAACAUCGAACCUCAGACGUUAGCAGCGCAGUUGACUUAUCUCGAAUGGAAAAUUCUUCGACGAAUAACAUUUACAGAUUACAAAACAUAUGCGAUCAAGAAUACUCUCCAAGACAAUCCACGUCUCGAACGUUCUAUCCAGUUUUUUAAUGGCUUAUCAACAUGGAUACAAUGUAUGGUGUUAAGUAAAAUGACACCGAAACAACGAGCAGAAGUCAUACACAAAUUUCUCGACGUCGCGAAACAUUUGAAAGAGCUACAAAAUUUUAACACGUGUUUAGCCGUAAUUGGCGGCAUAUCUCAUAGUGCUCUAGCACGCUUAUCCAAAACAAUGAUGUGCUUGUCGUCGGAAGAUAUUAAACUACUCGGUGAAAUGACCGAUUUAUUGUCUUCGAAUUCUAAUUAUGCACAAUAUCGAAAGAGUUUGAGCGAUUGCGAUGGUUUUAAGAUACCGAUCAUUGGAGUUCACUUGAAAGAUAUCAUUUCUCUACACGUGGCGUUGCAAGAUCGACUAGAAUAUGAUCUGAUCAACUUUCGAAAAUUGGUACAACUGAGUAUUACAUUUCGAACAUUGACGAAUUUACAGAUGUCCGUACCACCUGUUCAACCAAAUCAUGAUUUGAUUAAUUUACUCACGCUUUCGCUGGAUUUAAGUUAUACUGAAGAUGAAAUUUACGAGCUUUCAUUAGCAAGAGAACCUCGAUCAUCGGUGUCAUCGCCUGAUCAAGCUGCUCGAGGUUUACAGCCAGGCGACGCAACGAAUGAUACGACAACGGAUGGAUUUAAGAAAAAAGAACAAAUACAUAGUCCUGUCUUUGCCGACUGGGCAGCUGGUGUUAGUCAAACGAUUGAUAUUCAAACUAUACAACGACAUGUAAACGCAAUGGUCGAAGCAGUUUUUACAACAUAUGAUCAUGAUCGCGAUGGUUACAUUUCACAUACAGAGUUCGAAGAAAUUGCUCAAAAUUUUCCAUUUAUCGAUACGUUUACUGUACUUGACGCUGAUCAAGAUGGAAUGAUAUCGAAAACAGAAAUGCGUUGUUACUUUUUACGUGCCAAAUAUCAUGAUUUGAAGGGCGAAUUCAAGCAUGAUUUUCAUGAAACAACUUAUUUUAAACCAACAUUCUGUGUUCAUUGUACCGGACUUCUUUGGGGUUUAAUUAAGCAAGGAUGGAAAUGUAAAGAUUGUGGUAUCAAUGCCCAUCGUCAUUGCAAAGAUCAGGUUGUCAUGGAAUGUCGGCAGAAACGUUCUCAUCCAACGAAUAAACAAGGCUCCAUGGGUGAUCCUCGUCACGGACGAAAUUCAUUUCGAAUACGUAAAACUCGUAAACAAAAAGGCACGCAAACAGAAGAUUUCAACUUUUCUUCCACAUCAUCCUCAUCAGCAACAUCGGAAAGUUGCACAAGUUCAUCCGAUGAAGAAUCACACUCAUUAUCGCAAGAAAAAUUCAAUCAACUUUCUCAAGCUUGGCAUAUACACAAGUCAACAUCGUUAAAACAUCGAAAACCUGUUUUAUCCGAUUCCAAUGAUGAUUAUUAUUACACCCACCCGCCAUCCCCGCCACAUCCUCACAAUGUGAAUAGUAUCCCGUCAACGAAUGUCACUCCUGUUGCUCAACAAUUAAUUCCGCGCGGGCCAUUGAUUUGUUCAGAUAGUUUCGAAAAAUGGAAUGAUCGAUGCUUUACCUGGAAUCGACCAUUACCACCUCCAACUUUGUUAGCUUCAGCUCCAAGCACAUCCACAGGAACUUCUGAGUCUACAGCAAGUAUCACAACAGCCAAAACCGAAGUCAAUGAACAAGAGAAGUUCACCUCUCCACUCUUCUAUGGACAAGCAUCGUUUCUCGAAGGUGAUGUCAGCGACGACGAUGAUGAUACAAGACGUUUCUUUGGACCGAGAAAAAUUCGACGUCACGUUCGAACUGCGGCGUGUAAAGAUAUUGGCUUAGUAACAUCUCCAACCUUGGACGAUAAUGAUGAUGAAACAUGCCUUUCAACCAAUAAUAGCCUACAACCAUUGAAAACGAACAUCAACUAUGGAAGUAGUCAGAAUCUGAAUUCAAGAAGAUUAUCUUUAACCGAAUCUUUGCGAUCAUUGCCUGCUAAGUCCGAUACGACGCAAAAUGAAAUAUUCGAACGAUUGAGACAAGCCGAAGAGGAAAAGAAACGGCUCGAAGAUGAAAAUCGUGCAAUGAAGCAAGAACUCGUUCGAACCAAGUCCAAAAUCAGUUCGUUAAAACGCGAAAUGAGCUCAAUCCAGCAACUCCAUCUUGCUCAACAACAAGUCCAUGCUCAACUCUCUGCACCUACAAUAAUAUCCAGCCGACAAGAACUCGAACAACAUCAUUCAUCAUCUCAAACCUAUUUAAAACCAUCGGUAUUUUCAUAUAUUUCUGAAACUAACGAUCACAUGAAAUUACAUUUCCAUCAGCACGAGCCAACUCCAACUUGUUCGGUACAAUCGACUCAAACAACGUCAUUUUCACCACCAGCGGCAAUCAUUCAUUUUUCAAAUCUAGUACCCUCGACAUCCACUGAUCAUCAACGAAAUCAUCGUCCAACUCAUUCCACAUCUUCUUCAACCCAAUGUGAACCAUCCGAUGAACAAUUAAGACUCUAUUUGACUGAAACAUUGCAACGAGAAAAAGACAGUACGGUUUAA